AUGGUGAAUAGCGAAUCUAUAGCUGGUGGUGAGACAGCACCUCCUGCAGAGACCUGUGUGUGGUACAGAAAACAUAAAAUGUAAUAUCCAUCCUGUCUGCAAACACUGUGUGAGUUUAAGACAUGCUUGCGUCUGCAAGGUCUGAAUCAAAAAGCCACCAGCCAACAUGUUGAUCAAAUCUGUAAUACCGUUGACAAGAACAAAGCUGGAUGUAUUGCUGCUGUAAAUCUAGUAGUACAAGGAAAAAUGAAGCAAAAAUUAAAAUGGUACUUUAAGCUGUAUGAUGCAGAUGGAAAUGCUUCUGUUGACAAAAGGGAACUACUGAACAUCUUCGUGUGCAGAAAGUCUGUGGGAGCAGCUAAAAUACAAGGUGGUUUAUAUAGCAAAAAGACAUGGACAAAGAAUAAAGUUUCUUUGCAAGCACUACAAGCCCUCAAUGGCCAGCAAACUCUGAAUCCUGAAGAAUUUACCAACUUGGUGUUCCAUAAGAUCGAAACAAACGAUGACAAAUUGACUUUAGAAGAAUUUAUCAAUGGCAUGGAAAAAGAACAGCAUCUUCUCGAGGUUAUUUCCAAGAGUUUCGACCUUUCCAGUGUACUGAAAGUAAUCUGUGAUGGGAAACAGCCAGACAGACACAGGAGAGAGGCUUCUUCCAAACCAUCUGACAAGGCUUGUCUAGGGAAGGUGAAAAUGAAGUGGCUAUGGGAACGCCUUAGCCAGCUUUCAGUGGAUACAAAACUUUCAGUGGAGAAGAAAUGUGAUUUUCUGUACAUACAUGCUAUUGAUUUCAGGUUUUUAUUAUCAUUGGUAUCCGCUUAUGAAUAA